AUGGCGAUGACCAACAAAUUAACCAUAACACUUCUCCUUCUCAUCUCCAUAGCAUUUUCCCACUGCUUGGCCUUCCGUGUGGAGGUCGACGCGGAAGAGUUCGAACCUACUCAUCAUGAGGGACAACAAGAAGGUCCUGGCGGUGGUCAAGGUGGCGGCUCCGGCCAAGGAUGGGAGGAAGAGGCGACGAACAAUCCGUUCUACUUUGGGAAAGAGCGUUUCAGGAAUUGGUUUCAGUCAAAUGAAGGUUUCGUGAAAUUGUUGCCAAAGUUCACUCAACGCUCAUCGUCUCUCUUCCGUGGAAUCGAGAACUACCGAUUUAUGUUCAUGGAGAUGGAGCCUAAAACUUUCUUUGUGCCUCACCAUGUUGAUGCGGAUUACGUCUCUUUAGUCCUACAAGGGAGUGGAGUGGUUAGUUUCGUGACGGAUAAGGCAAAAGAAAGCUUUCAAAUAACGAAAGGUGAUGUGGUGAGAGUCCCAUCCGCCGUCACACACUUUUACACGAACACAAACGAAACCGUUCCUCUCCGUCUUGCCAAGAUCGUCGUCCCUGACAACAAUCCGGGACACUUCGAGGUUUUCCUCCCUUCUCGAUCCCAAUCUAAGCAAUCCUACUUCAAUGGGUUCACCAAAGACGUCCUCUCUGCAAGUUUCAACAUACCGGAAGAGUUGGUAGAAAGAUUGAUUACAGGAUUCCAGCAAACGAGAGAAGGGGUUGUGCGGAGCGUUACUCCAGAACAGAUCAAGGAACUUAGCGAACAUGCUACUUCUCCUUCAAACAAACACAAACACAAGGACGACAAGGACGACAAAGACACGACCAGAAUCUUCAACCCUUUCAAUCUCUUUAAACAAGAUCCAAUCUACUCCAACGACCUUGGCAAUUUCCACGAGGCAAAUCCUAAGAAGUUUAGUCAACUCCAAGACAUUGACAUCGGCGUCUCUUGGCUUAACUUGAAACAGGGAUCCUUGUUCCUUCCUCAAAUCAACUCUAAGUCAACCUUUGUAGUGUUCGUGGAAAAUGGUUGUGCUCGCUUCGAGAUGGCUAGUCCUUCUACAUUCCAAGGACAGCAACAACAACAACAAAAAUGGUCCGGACAGGGAGAAGAAGCAGAAGAAGAACAAGAAGAGGAGACUAGUGGACAAGUACACAAGAUUGUCUCACGCGUUUGUAAAGGAGAAGUUUUCGUCAUUCCGGCAGGUCAUCCAAUCGUUACAGUCGCACCGGAACAAAACCUUGUGGCGGUAGGGUUUGGUAUUAACGCGUUCAACAGCACAAGAACGUUCCUUGCAGGACAAGAGAAUGUGCUGAGCAACCUCGAUAAUGUGGCGACGAGACUGACCUUUGGUGUGGGAAGUAAAUUGGCGGAUAAGUUGUUCUCGAGCCAAAACUAUUCACACUUUGCUCCUAUGGUUCGUAGCCAACAAUCUCCAGAGGAACGUAAACCACCAGCGUUCCAAUCAAUCUUCAACUUCGCCGGUUUCUAA